CCUCCGUGAAGCCACCAAUGGCGCUGACCUCCUCUCCCGCCAUGCCGCCCGCCUCUCGCAUCCAGACCUUUGAGGACUUCGUGAAGGUCCACGCCAUGCUCCUAGCCGCUGCCGGCAUUCCGUCCUCUCUCCAUGAGCGCCUGUUCCGUAAGCUCUCCUCCGAGACCUUCGACGGUGGUAACUUUUUCUCCGUCGAGGCCUGCGAAGGUGGCCGAUGGAGACGGCUUUUAUUCACUGCCCAGUCCUUGGCGAAGGAGUCCGAUGUUUUUCUCGUCGACCAUGCGUGGACUUUCCGUCUUCCGGACGCUCUCAAGCAGCUCAAAGAGGUGCCAGGAUUGGUCGAGAGGAUGGCGGCGCUGAUGUGCGUGGAUGUGGAUUUGGAGUCGGAUUCUGAGAAAGAGGGAAUUGAAUCAGGAGAUGGGAAAACGAAUGAAGAAAAGGUUAGGGAAAUCCUGGAGAGAGAAAUGGAGAAGGUGAAAGAGAGAGGGAUAGAUGGCGCAGCGUGGCUGGAGCUUGAGGAGCUCGGAAUAGAUGACGAGAUGCUUUGCUCUCUGGAUUUAUCAAGCAAAUUCCCGAAUCUGGUUGCACUUAAUCUAUGGGGAAACAAGCUCCAGAAUGCAGAAACAAUUUUGCUGGAAAUUGCAAAGUGCAGAAACCUAAAAGCACUCUGGCUGAAUGAAAAUCCUGUUUUGAAGAACUUAGGUGAUGAUUUCGGACUAGCCAUCUUCAAUUGUAAUCCAGGUUUGGAAAUUUUAAACUCACAAUUCACUGGAAAUGCUGGGGAGUGGGCUUUGGGUUUCUGCAGUGGUAUGUUUUGCAUGGAAAAUCCUUUCUGUUCUCAUGCUGUAAUUAAUCCAUUGGAGAGCAUUACUGUACUUGAUCUAUCAAAUAGAUGUAUCCGCAAACUUCCUGAGGCAUUUUCUCCAGCUGCAAUGCCACGCCUUUCUCAGCUCAAUCUUCGAAGUAAUGACUUGGACCAGCAUUCUGCUGGGAACCUGUUGGAAGUUCUGAGUGGAUUUUCUAGUUUGCAAACUCUGGAGGUAGAUAUUCCUGGUCCUCUUGGAAAUAGUGCCAUAGCAAUUAUCGAAUCUCUUCCUAGUCUAUCCUUAUUGAAUGGUGUCAGUGCAUCAAGUAUAUUAGGAGGUGGUAAACAUAUGAUUGAUUCAAUGCUCCCACCUCGUCUUCCAGAAUGGGCAGUUACUGAUUCUCUAGCUGAUCGUGUUGUUGGUGCAAUGUGGUUAUAUGUAAUGACCUAUAGACUGGCAGAUGAAGAAAAGAUUGAUGAAACCUCUGUAUGGUAUGUGAUGGAUGAGCUGGGCUCAGCUUUGCGACAUAGUGAUGUGGCAAAUUUCAGAAUAGCUCCUUUUCUGUUCAUGCCAGAGGGCAACCUGACAUCAGCUGUAAGCUUUUCAGUAUUAUGGCCAACUCAGGAUGUUCAAAAUGGGGAUGAAUGCACCCGUGAUUUCUUAUUUGGCAUUGGAGAGGAUAAGCAGCGGUCUGCUAGGCUUACAGCUUGGUUUCAUACACCAGAGAAUUAUUUUAUUCAGGAAUUCAAGAAGUACCACCAACUGCUCCAAUCAAAAUGUCCUGAGCCUUAUAAUUUGUCAUCCUUCAUCACUAAAAGCAUAUUCCCCAGCAAUGCGCUUCCAUUACGGGUUUACACAGAUAUCCCACAAAUAGAAGAAUUUUUGAAACGUCCUGAGUUUGUCCUUACAAAUGAUCCAAAGAACGCUGAUAUCAUUUGGACCAGUCUUCAAGUUGAUAAUGAAGUGAAGAAUGCACUCGGGCUAACAGAUUGUCAAUAUGUGAAUCAAUUCCCAUUUGAAGCUUGUCUUGUCAUGAAACAUCAUUUAGCUGAAACAAUUCACAAGGCAAGGGGUUCUCCUGAGUGGCUCCAACCUACUUAUAACCUAGAAUCUCAACUGUCUCAACUCAUUGGAGAUUUUUGUAAACGACAUAGAGAGCGCCGAGAUAACCUAUGGAUCUUAAAGCCAUGGAAUAUGGCUCGAACAAUUGAUACAACAGUCACUGGUGACAUAUCAGCCAUCAUCCGACUUAUGGAAACUGGGCCAAAAAUUUGCCAGAAGUACAUUGAGCGCCCAGCGUUAUUCAGAGGGAAGAAGUUUGACCUUCGCUACAUUGUACUUGUCCGCAGCAUGAGCCCUGUGGAGGUUUUCCUUGCUGACGUUUUCUGGGUUAGAUUAGCAAAUAAUCCAUACACUCUGGAAAGAAGCAGCCUUUUUGAGUAUGAAACUCAUUUCACCGUGAUGAACUAUAUUGGCCGAUUAAAUCACAUGAACACAGCUGAGUUUGUGAGGGAGUUUGAAGUGGAGCAUCAAGUAAAAUGGCUGGACAUCCAUGAAAGAAUCAAGAAUAUGAUCCGAUCUGUAUUUGAUUCAGCAGCAACGGUGCAUCCUGAGAUGCAUAAUCCAAAUUCAAGGGCCAUGUAUGGGGUAGAUGUUAUGCUUGACUCCUCAUUUAUGCCAAAGCUAUUGGAGGUGACAUAUUGCCCUGAUUGUCAUAGAGCUUGCAAAUAUGAUAUGGAGUCUGUUGUAGGGAACAAAGAUGGUGUCAUCAAAGCUCGAGAUUUCUUCAAUACCGUGUUCGGUUGUCUCUUCCUCAAUGAGUCUGUGCAUGUAUCACCAUUGUAGCUCCAUGAUGCCAACAGAAAAGUCCUCUGCAAAAACAAACUGGACUUGUUUAAAAAUAUGUUUCCGUAUUUUUGAGUUGAUGAUAAGUUUGUACCAGUGUAGUGUGGACCUUAAUUUUCAGUUGUAUUGGUAUAAAAACAGCAGGUUUUUUGGGAAUUUUGAUUAUUGUCAUUAAAAUGUAACAAAUUUA